AUGGUAUCCACAGACGAACUGCGAGUAGUCAUUGUCGGAGCGGGCUUUUGCGGUCUGACAGCAGCAAUUGAGUGUAAACUUCGAGGCAUGCACCCAAUCCUCGUCGAAGCAUACCCCGGUGCCAGCUCUCACGGUGACUUGCUGGACUUUGUGCGAAAUGCCGGUCGGGUCUUCGAAUCGUGGGGAGGAGGAAAGGUUGGCCGCGCGCUCACCGCGGUGGGCGUGAACGCUGCCAAGUACCUCGAGUUCUUCAAUGCUGACAACGAGCUCCUGCACAAGGACCCGUGGCCGCAGGGUACCGAGUUUCAGUACGUCUACGCGGGUCACCGCGGCGAAAUGCAUGAGAUUGUGUACAAAUACGCUCUGGAGAUUGGUGUCGACAUGCGCUUUAAAUACCUCGACACCGAUGAGAAAAGGGGCGUAGUCACCGAUACGCGCGAGAAUAUUCUUGGUGACGUGGUCUUGGCUUGUGACGGCCCAAAGUCAAUUGCGCGCGACCAGUUGCUCAACCUGACGGAAAGCAAGGUCAACAGCGGAUAUGCGAUAUUUCGAGCAUACUUCAACAUCACUGAUGAGCUGCGCCAGGCUUCUGGAAUUGCCGAGUUGCUUCCGGAGGGUGAAGACUGCGUUCGAUGCUGGGUUGGACGCGACAUGCACGGCUUCAUUUACACGUGGAAGAAUGGAAGGGAUUGUGCCUGGGUCUUAACUCACAAGGACGAGACAGACAUUGCAGAGUCGUGGUCCGAGAGGACCACCAGGGCGGACGUUCGAUACUUCCUGGACAAAGCCAAGUUCCCUGAAGUAUGGUACACUGUUCUCGAGGCCACUCCAGAGGACCGAUUAAUUGACUACAAACUUGUGUGGCGAGACCCUCUUACCACUUGGCUCUCACCUACCAAACGAGCCGCGGUUAUGGGUGAUGCAGCACAUUGCCACCUUCCUACAUCAGCUCAAGGAGCUUGUCAAGCGGUCGAAGACGCAGCCGUAGUUGCCAUGUGUCUGGAAAGGUCCAAGGGGGAUGUCGAACUGGCCUUGCAGGUCUUUGAGCGUAUCCGAUUCAACCGGUCUCAUGUUAUUCACCAGGCAUCCAUAUCAACCCGAAAUAUCUAUCACCAACACGACUGGACGCCCGAGUAUGUUGCAAAGCACCCUAGCUCCCUGGUCAUCCCACUUUUUGACUGGAUCACCGAAUACGAUGUCUACAAAGAGGUUGAUGCGCAUUUUGACCACCUGGCUGAGGAUGUAAGGAGCGGAAAACAAGGCACUAUUGAACAGCUGGCGCUGCCAGCCGAUGGCAAUUGCGAUGAGAUGGAGAUCACUGCAAACAAAGAGGUUUUGUCGGACCUGGGAAGUAAGCCUGCGAUCGUUGCGUUGGAGGCAAGCUCUGUGCGGGCUUAA